AUGUCGACCAGCUUUCUAUCCACGCACCGGCCAGGUCCUCCUGGCCAUCCGGCACCCGACGCCAACUACGUCGACGCCGACACCCUUCGAACGACCUUUGCGCUCGCCAUGUCUGCCAUGUACAAGGCCGAGGUGCCACUCUACGGCGACCUCAUCCAAAUAGUCCAAAGCAUCAACAAAGAUGCCCACUCAGGCUCCGCAACAAUGGAAGCCAGCAUCGAGCGCCUAACCCUCGAGCGGCACGGCGCAAUCCGCCUCGGCACCCCGCAAGAACUCCACACCGUCCGCCGCAUCUUCGCCAUCCUCGGCAUGCACCCCGUCGGCUACUAUGACCUCUCCGUCGCCGGCCUGCCCAUGCACGCGACCUGCUUCCGCCCGACGUCGCCGCAGUCUCUGGAACGCAACCCCUUUCGAGUCUUCACCACGCUCCUCCGGCCAGAGCUGCUCAAGUCCGGGACUGCGCGGGCCGUUGCCCUGGGCCUCCUCGCAAAGCGCAAAAUCUUCAGUAAUGCCCUCUUGGAGCUCUUGGGCACUGCUGAGACGUGCCAGGAUGGUCGUCUGACGCCGGAGCAAGGGGAGCGGUUCGUGGUGGAGGCGAUUCGCACGUUUAGCUGGCAGCCAUUGGCGGCUGCCACGCACGAAGAGUACGCCCUCUUGCGGAGCGAGCAUCCCAUUUUGGCGGAUAUCGCGUGUUUCCGGUCAUCUCACAUUAACCACCUCACGCCGAGGGCGCUGGAUAUCAAUGCAGCGCAGGAGGCCAUGCUUGCUGCGGGCAUGGCGGUGAAGAGCCGCAUUGAGGGCCCGCCGGCGCGCAAGUGUCCGAUUUUGUUACGCCAAACGAGUUUUCUUGCGCUGCAGGAGGGUAUUCGCUUUGCUAUCUCGGGCAGAGACGAGUUUGUGGAUGGUUUCCAUAAGGCUCGGUUUGGUGAGAUUGAGGAGAGGGGCGCUGCCGUUACGCCUGCGGGGAGAAAGCUGUAUGACGUGUUAUUGGAGGAGGCAAUGGCAACAGUACAAGAAAAAGGAACCUCUUCUGAUGCGAAGGUGGUGGACGAGACCUUUGCAAAGGUCUUUGAGAAGUUUCCCGAUGAUUGGGACGAGCUGCGGCGGCAGGGGCUCGUUUACUCGGACUAUCGAUGCGCAGAAAACGCCAAAGAGAAGCUGCACAGCUUGGCAAAUAUCGAUACAGCAGACCCGGCUUCUCUCUUGGACCGACUAGUCUCCGAGAGUGUACUCGAAGCGGUGCCCAUCACGUACGAAGACUUUUUGCCCUUUUCCGCUGCCGGGAUCUUCCAGUCAAACAUCCAGUCCGGCUCAAGCAAGCCCAGGAUAGACCACAAUGAGCCGACGCGGCCGGAUGUGAAUGGAUACGAGAAGGCUUUGGCGAGGGAGAUCCUCGAUGCAAACGCUUUAUACGCGCAAGCGCAGAAGAAGAGUCUGCAGUCUUGUGCGGAGGAGCUUGGUUUGAGUAUGGACAUGAUUCCUCGACUUUGCUAG